UGGAUUAUCCAGCACUGAGGAAAAACAAGAACAUCGAUAAUUUCUUAAAUAGAUAUGAGAAGAUUGUGGAAAAAAUCCGAGCUUUACAAAUGAAAGCUGAAGACUAUGAUGUUGUUAAGGUGAUUGGAAGAGGGGCUUUUGGAGAAGUGCAGCUGGUUCGCCAUAAAAUGACACAGAAGGUUUAUGCAAUGAAGCUACUUAGUAAAUUUGAAAUGAUCAAGAGAUCAGAUUCAGCCUUUUUCUGGGAAGAAAGAGAUAUCAUGGCCUUUGCCAACAGUCCGUGGGUGGUCCAGCUAUUUUGUGCCUUUCAAGAUGACAAAUACUUGUACAUGGUAAUGGAAUACAUGCCAGGUGGAGAUCUUGUAAACCUUAUGAGCAAUUACGAUGUGCCUGAGAAAUGGGCCAAGUUCUAUACAGCUGAAGUUGUUCUUGCUCUUGAUGCAAUUCACUCCAUGGGCUUGAUACACAGAGAUGUGAAGCCUGACAAUAUGCUUUUAGAUAAAUAUGGGCAUCUGAAGCUGGCAGAUUUUGGCACUUGCAUGAAAAUGGAUGAAACAGGCAUGGUGCGCUGCGAUACCGCUGUGGGAACCCCUGACUACAUAUCGCCCGAAGUGCUGAAAUCGCAGGGGGGGGAUGGUUAUUAUGGACGGGAAUGUGACUGGUGGUCAGUAGGAGUUUUCCUUUUUGAGAUGCUCGUUGGUGAUACUCCAUUUUAUGCGGACUCGCUAGUAGGAACAUACAGUAAAAUUAUGGAUCAUAAGAACUCAUUACAUUUCCCAGAUGAUGUGGAAAUCUCUAAGCAUGCAAAGAACCUUAUUUGUGCCUUUUUAACUGAUAGGGACGUGCGACUUGGGAGAAAUGGGGUAGAAGAAAUAAAGCAUCACCCUUUCUUCAAGAGUGAUCAGUGGAACUGGGACAACAUUCGAGAGACUGCUGCUCCUGUUGUUCCUGAGCUCAGCAGUGAUAUAGAUAGCAGUAAUUUUGAUGACAUUGAGGACGACAAGGGAGACGUGGAAACCUUUCCGAUCCCCAAAGCCUUCGUGGGAAACCAGCUGCCUUUUAUAGGAUUUACCUACUAUAGAGACAAUUUGUUGCUAAGUGACUCCUCUCAGUCUUGCAGAGAAAAUGAAUCUGUGCAAUCUAGCAAAAAUGAGUUUCAGAAAAAAUUAAGCAAGCUAGAAGAACAGCUCAGUAAUGAAUUACAAGCCAAAGAUGAACUAGAACAGAAGUACAGGUCUACUAAUACUCGCUUAGAGAAGAUAGUGAAAGAGCUAGAUGAAGAGGUAACUUCAAGGAAGAAUAUAGAGUCUACAGUCAGACAGUUAGAAAGAGAGAAGGCUCUUCUUCAGCACAAGAAUACAGAAUACCAGAGAAAAGCAGAACAUGAAGCAGAUAAAAAACGCAAUUUGGAAAAUGAGGUUAACAGUUUGAAAGACCAACUUGAAGAUUUAAAAAAGAGGAAUCAGAACUCACAAAUAUCCAAUGAGAAGAUCAACCAGCUACAAAGACAGUUGGAUGAAGCCAAUUCUUUGCUGCGGUCAGAGUCUGAUACUGCAGCCAGGUUAAGGAAGAACCAGACAGAAAGCACAAAACAAAUCCAGCAGCUGGAAGCUAAUAAUAGAGAACUACAAGAUAAGAACUGCCUGCUAGAGAAUGCAAAACUCAAACUGGAGAAGGACUUUCUCAAUCUUCAGUCAGCUCUAGAAUCAGAAAGGAGGGAUCGAAGUCAUGGAUCAGAGAUUAUCAGUGAUUUACAAGGUCGAAUAUCUAGCCUUGAAGAAGAAGUGAAAAAUGGAAAGAGUGCAUUAGCCAAAUUGGAAAUGGAGAAGAGACAAUUGCAGGAAAAACUUACAGAUUUAGAAAAGGAAAAGAGCAAUAUGGAAAUAGAUAUGACAUAUAAAUUCAAAGUUAUGCAGCAGAACCUUGAACAAGAAGAGGCUGAGCAUAAAGCCACAAAAGCACGAUUAGCAGACAAAAAUAAGAUCUAUGAAUCUAUAGAGGAAGCAAAAUCUGAAGCCAUGAAAGAAAUGGAGAAGAAACUUCUGGAAGAGAGAGCAUUAAAGCAAAAAGUAGAAAAUCGGUUGUUAGAAGCAGAAAAGCAGCGCUCCAUGUUGGACUGUGAUCUCAAGCAAUCACAACAGAAAAUCAACGAGCUCCUUAGGCAAAAGGAUAUACUAAAUGAAGAUGUAAAAAACCUGACAUUAAAAAUAGAGCAAGAAACACAAAAGCGCUGUCUUACUCAAAAUGACCUCAAGAUGCAAACACAGCAGGUCAACACCUUGAAAAUGUCAGAGAAGCAGUUGAAACAGGAGAAUAACCAUCUUCAGGAAAUCAAAUUAAGUCUGGAAAAACAAAAUAACGAACUCCGCAAGGAACGUCAAGAUGCAGAUGGUCAAAUGAAAGAGCUUCAAGACCAACUUGAAGCUGAACAGUAUUUCUCGACUCUGUAUAAGACACAAGUUCGAGAACUUAAAGAAGAAUGUGAGGAAAAGACCAAACUUUGUAAAGAAAUGCAACAAAAGAUACAAGAGUUACAGGAUGAGAGAGAUUCCUUGGCUGCUCAGCUAGAGAUUACUUUGACCAAAGCAGAUUCUGAACAACUUGCACGUUCCAUUGCUGAGGAACAGUACUCUGAUUUGGAAAAAGAGAAGAUUAUGAAAGAGCUGGAGAUUAAAGAGAUGAUGGCUAGGCAUAAACAGGAACUUACUGAGAAAGAUGCCACCAUAGCUUCUUUGGAGGAAGCAAAUAGGACACUAACUAGUGAUGUGGCUAAUCUUGCUAAUGAGAAGGAAGAAUUAAACAAUAAACUGAAGGAAGUACAAGAACAAAUUACAAAGCUGAAAGAAGAAGAGGCAAAUGUAGGAAAUAUUAAAGCACAAUUUGAGAAACAGUUGUUGAAUGAAAGAACUUUGAAAACCCAGGCUGUGAAUAAACUGGCUGAGAUCAUGAAUCGGAAGGGUCCAGUCAAACGUGGAGCUGACACUGAUGUACGACGGAAAGAAAAGGAAAAUAGGAAACUGCAUAUGGAACUGAAGUCUGAACGAGAAAAGUUAACCCAAAUGAUGAUCAAAUAUCAGAAGGAGAUCAACGAAAUGCAAGCACAAAUAGCAGAAGAGAGUCAGAUACGGAUUGAACUUCAGAUGACUCUGGACAGCAAAGACAGUGACAUUGAACAGCUUCGUUCACAGCUGCAGUCGUUGCACAUUGGCCUAGACAACAGUAGCAUAGGCAGUGGACCUGGAGAUGCUGAGGCGGAUGAUGGAUUCCCUGUCCAUAUCACUCAAUCCCACACUAUGGAGUCCAUGUCCUUUACCUACCAGCACUCUUCUACCUCUGUCAGUAUUGCCACUAAGCCUUCCCGUUCUCGCAUGCUUCUUGAUUCUGAUUCUGACUCAGAGGAAGAACCUUUGUCUUGUUCCCACAGCCCUACAGAAGUUGAUAGCACAGAAUCAAGAUUGGAAGGCUGGCUAUCACUGCCUGUUAGAAACAACACUAAAAAAUUUGGAUGGGUUAAAAAGUAUGUAAUUGUAAGCAGUAAGAAGAUCCUGUUCUAUGACAGCGAACAAGAUAAAGAACAAUCUAAUCCCUAUAUGGUGUUAGAUAUAGACAAACUCUUCCAUGUCCGACCGGUCACUCAGACGGAUGUGUACAGAGCAGAUUCCAAAGAAAUUCCUAGGAUAUUCCAGAUUCUGUAUGCUAAUGAAGGAGAGAGCAAAAAGGAACAGGAAUUUCCAGUGGAGCCCAUGGGAGAAAAGUCAAAUUACAUUUGUCACAAAGGACAUGAGUUUAUACCUACUCUUUAUCACUUUCCAACCAAUUGUGAAGCUUGUAUGAAGCCUCUGUGGCAUAUGUUUAAACCUCCUCCUGCUCUAGAAUGUCGCCGUUGCCAUAUCAAAUGUCACAAAGACCACAUGGAUAAAAAAGAAGAGAUUAUAGCACCUUGCAAAGUGUACUAUGAUAUUUCAACGGCAAAGAAUCUACUACUGUUAGCCAAUUCUACAGAAGAACAGCAAAAAUGGGUGAGCCGACUGGUGAAAAAAAUACCCAAGAAGCCUCCAGCACCAGACCCCUUUGCUCGAUCUUCUCCCAGAACUUCCAUGAAGGUACAGCCAAACCAGUCCAUGAGACGACCAAGUCGACAGCUUCCUCCAAACAAACCAAGAUUACUUGAUCUGGCAUUUAAGGACUGGGAUUGGUCAUUUGAUGAUGUUGAUGAUAUUGAUGGUGAUGAUGAUGAUGACGAUGUUUUUGAUUUCUGAAGAAGUAUAAGGGCUAACUGCUUUCCGUGAAUGCAG